AUGCACGUAGCCCGCAACAUCGGCUCGCAAGCGACGCUAAUCGACACUGGCGAUCUGAGCGACUUCAACGUCAUGAGCUUGGACGAGCCUGACAAGUCGUAUGAGGACGACAUCGAGGAAUUGUACGUGGAUGGCGAUGAAGAUGAGAUGGACAUCGAUGAAGGCAUUUGCAUUCUUGAUAGCGCUGAUCUGGACUUGUGGGUGAAGAGGGCUGAGUCUGGGUACUUUGGGUGCUUCGGUGGCUCAUUAUGA